AUGGUGUAUCUAUCAUCGCUCUUCUUCCUAGGCAGCGAUGGCCAGCCCUCCAACGCUCGCGCCAAGAAGAACAAAAAGAGCUCAAGUGGUCUACCCUCCAGACGAUCGCAGUGGUGGACCUGGACGACAGUGCUGAUCAACAUCGCGGCAGCUUUGUUCACGCUCGACUUCUUGAUUCGAGGCUUAGUGUUAUUCCCAAGUACUGACGUGUCUUUCUCACGAAUUGGCUAUGUCUCUCCAACCACAGCCAGCCUGCUCCUCCGUGAGCCAGAUCCAGCGCAACUGCCCGUGGUGGUCUCCUACCAGGAGGCCUCCUCACCGUCCUCUCAGAAAUGGACUCAAGAAGGCACUGUCUAUAAGCUGGACAACAGCACUGACUUCACUGCUGCUGUGGUAUUGAAAAACUUGAAGCCGGCAACCCACUACAGGUACUCGCUGUCGAACAAUAGGACAGGCACCUUUGUUACGGCUCCGCGACCUGGGUCCCCGGCUGCGAACAGACUAUGCUUUGUGACUUCGAGCUGUUUGAAGCCAAAUUUCCCAUACAACGUAUUUUCGCAUCCAUUGAAGGUCCCCGGUAUCGAGCAAAUGACAGAAGCCCUUGGCAAGCUACCCGCGCUUCUGCGGCCAGCCUUCAUGCUGUUCCUCGGUGACUUCGUCUAUAUUGACGUGCCUUUCCGCUUUGGUUCUUCCAUGGACCAUUAUCGCAGCGAAUACCGACGAAUAUACUCAUCCCCUUCAUGGGCUGCGCGCUCAGUCAAUGGUCCUGCCAUUGACCUCCCCUGGAUUCACACCCUAGACGACCAUGAAAUUGAGAAUGACUGGUCUCAGGGCAACAAGACAGCGCCCUACCCAGCGGCUGCUGACCCAUUCUUGCACUACCAUGUGGCUGCGAACCCGCCUGUUCCGGAAAAAGCUUUUGCCCACCCUGACGAUGUGACUUAUUUCUCUUUCAUCAACGGCCCGGCCUCGUUCUUCAUGCUUGACACCCGCACAUACCGUUCCGCGCCCUCACACGACAAUUCUACUAUUCUAGGCUAUGCGCAACUCCAAUCGCUCCUGGCGUACCUUGCCACUCCUGAGCCAGCAGGUGUUCACUGGAAGAUCAUUUCCUCCAGCGUCCCCUUCACCAAAAACUGGCGCGUUGGCACGACUGAUACAUGGGGCGGAUUCUUGAACGAGCGACGCACUGUUUUCGAAGCAAUGUGGCACGCUGAACGUGAGGUCGGCGUCCGCAUCAUUCUAUUGAGCGGGGAUCGUCAUGAAUUUGGCGCAACGCGCUUCCCAGAUCCCAUCCUUGAGUUGCCCCCGUCUGCGCUCCAGCCAAAUACACCCGGCCUGGGCCUUCACGAGUUCAGUGUUGGCCCGCUCAGCAUGUUCUACCUGCCCGUUCGCUCAUACUACCAGACUGACGAAGAGGAUGUGUCCGUGAAAUAUGCGCCCGACGGGAAUAGCAAAUUCGGAUAUAUCGAGAUUGCUGACGGUGUCGACGAGGUUGAUCCUACAGCUCCUAACCCUGUACCAGUCCGCAGCUCAAUUUUCACGUACUCAUUGUACGUGGAUGGUGAGGUCGUCUGGAAGUAUCGCCUCAGUGUUCCUCUUGCGCCGGCCGCUGGUAAAGAUGCUACUCAAACCUCUGGCAAAAAUGCUUCUCUCCCACCUGGCCGGGUGCUUGAGGAUAAACUGGUUCAGGAGGGCUGGGAUGUUGCUGUGAAGACUGCUAUAGGCAGGACGGAGGAGCUGGCGCGUCGCGUUAUGAAAACGGCAAGUGAAGUGUAUCAUGAUGUUUCAGCUAGAAUCCCAGGUGGUAGAGAGACUUCAUAA